GCUGUACGUUGAACCGUCUGAAUCAUGGUUUUGUAGUUUCUGAAUGAAUGUGAAAUCUGAAGUAAAGGCAUGGCAAGUGCGGUUUUUAAUAACUCAGAAACCUCAAAAAAUAAUGAGUCUCCUAGUCAGCCGCUUGAAACUCGAACUAUCACCAUCUUCGGCAAAAAUGGAUUACAGAAAACUGUUCCUGCUUUGCAUAUUGGCUUCAUGGAAACUCGAACAUAUGUGAGCUUUCGAUUGCCGCCCAACUCGCCUGAGGAGGAAGAAAGUCAUUUAACAGCAGAAGAAGAGGAAUGGCUGGAGGCUAUGACAUUUUUUGCUGAAGACCUACGUUGGAUUCUCAAAUUGCCGUAUCACAGGUUUUGGUCUCAAGUGACGUAUGAUGAAAAUUUGCAUCGUUUCUUAGAGUCUUACCUUUUUCAAGCUCAAAGAGAUUAUGAUACUAACAGCUUGUGUUCCAAAAGUGAACUUUUAUCUUUGUUGAAAAAGAUACACAAGUUAGUUUUCUUAAAUUUUCUUCGAAUGUCAACUUAUAAAGAAUCUAAAGACCACCACAUUACCCCUCAAACAUUUGCUGAGCUUAUUUAUGACAACUUCAUAUUUGAUGUGCCAAAAAUUCUUGAUUUGUGUGCAGUUUAUGGAUUUCGUAAUCAAGCUAUACUAAGCAAAAUGAUCAAAAAUAUUUUUUCAACUCAGCCUAAGUACUUGAAUGAUCUCCAGGAAACAACUCAGUGCAUUUUGGAGGCUUUCAGUAGAGCUGAAGAAAGGUUAUUUUUGAACAUAAAUGAAAAGUAUAAUGGUUGUCUUAAACUAGAAGAAAGAGCUUCAUCUAGGAUUGGAGCAUUAUCAAUUGAAACUCUCAUGGAUGUUAUAAGCUACAUUGCUGAUACUGGUGGUACGUUGUACAUCUUUGCAGAAAUAUAUCCUCAAGCAAACAGGAUGCUUUAUGUUAAUGGUGCUGUUAAUAGGAUAGCAACAUUUUACGAACAAGUAUUUCCUGCAGUUGAAAAGCAAGUUAAACUACUGAGCAAAAGAAAUGAAAAUCACAGGCUUUUUGAAGACCUAAAAAAGAAAAUUGUGCUAUCAAAAUCAUUUCUCUUGAAGUUAUUCAGAUGUAUACUUAAUUUUUGUGGUAUUGAAUCGGUUCUCAAUUCAAGGUUUAAUGAUAAUGGAGAAAAUUCAUCUGGAGUUGCGCAAACUGAAGACUUUUUAGGAAUUUUUAUGGAAAUCACAUCCGAAAAAAACUUCUUGCAUGAUUAUAACGCAUUGUACCCAUUUGAAACUGAUUUAGAGCUUUUCAACGAAAUGGGAAUCAACUUAGACUCCGAAAGGUUGAAUUAUAUAUUUUCAAGUAUACAUGAUUCUCCAACUGUGUUUUCAACAAAUUUUACAUCAACUGCUGAAAAUGGUGCUCGCCCCAAGGAAAAAAAUGCUCAAAAUAAGGAUGACAGGCAAAAUGCAGUGAAAAAUUUGCAUGGCAUAGCCGCUUUGUUGAAACCGAAUGCUCCUCAGGAAGUAAAUGGCAGUUUAGAUGAACUGCAAGAACCUUGUGAAGCAUUUGCUACUGGUGAAGUUGAUACAAUACGCGAUUUAUUUCCACAUUUAGGGGAUGGUUUCAUUAUCGAAUGCCUGGAUUAUUAUUCUUAUGAAGUUCCUAAGGUGAUAAAUGCUCUUUUGAGUGAUAUUCUUCCAGAAUCGCUGAACAGUUUGGAUAGAGAUUUGGAAAGAAGGGAAUCAGCCUCUGUUAAUGCAGAAAUUUAUGAAAUUCCAAAUUCCAUUUUAUCUGAACGACGGAGUAUAUUUGACUGUGAUGAAUUCGAUGUUUUCUCUAGAAAUGAAGUGGACAUGAAAAAAAUUCAUAAGGGUAAAAAAAAUAAAACUCCUAACCAGUAUCAAGGUCCUGACCAAGUUGAUGAUUUUCUGAAGCAACUUAUAGUGAACUAUGGCUCUGAAGAGACUGAAGAUUGGAUUGAAGUGAACAAUUAUGAAGACGAGUAUGACGACACUUACGAUUCUGCUAUGGUUGGACUAAAAGAAACUUUCAUUGAAGAUGAACCUGAAGAUCGGAAUGAAAAUCCUUCUGAAGAAAAAGAAGAGCCUGAAACGGGAAAGCCUCCACCUCUUGAUUUUUGCAUGAAUCCAGCAAUAUUGAGAGAGAAAGCAGAAGAAAGAAGACAAGCUAAAAAUGCUGCAAGAAAUCGAAGUGGCAAUAAAAAUGUUUCACAUCCAGAAAACUCAGAACAUGGAAGGCAGCAGAAAGGCCGACAUAAAGCGCAAGUGGGCAACCAUAAUCGAAGAAAACAAUCCGACUUCAAAAAGUCCAGGGGAAUGGGUCCAAUUUGAUGCAAGACAUCCAAUUUGCUGAAUCUUUGUGUUCAUUAAUUGAAAAUGGCGGACAACUCCAUGCAUUCAGAAUGCAUCAUCUCUUUGAACAGUGUACAAAAUGUACAAUUUGAUAAUUUUAAAAGUUUUAAUUUAUUUCCAAAAAUUAAAAGUUAUGUAUGGCUUAUAGCUAUUUUUGUAUGGUGAACUUUCAGCUAAAUAAAUAUUUGUAACUGUAUAUACUGUUGAAAGUAAUAAAAAGAUAAUA